AUGACCGGUUUGCAGGAGAUCAGGAAACUCAUGAAUCUCCCAGAAAAUCAAGUCUGUGCUGAUUGCCAAUCUGCAAAGCCUGACUGGGCAUCAACAACAUUUGGUGCAUUUAUCUGUCUGAAAUGUAGUGGAAUCCAUCGUUCUCUUGGAACACAUAUUACAUUAGUUAGAUCAUGUACUUUAGAUUCCUGGCCUCCAAAGUUACUUUCUGUGAUGCAAGCUGUUGGAAAUCAAAAAGUUAACGAAUAUUUCGAAGCAAAUUUACCUGCAAAUUUCCAAAGACCGAAAGGAACAGAUACUAUGGCAAUGAAAAGAUUCAUUGAAGACAAAUAUGUUGCUAGAAAAUACGCCGAUAAAACACGUGAUCCGCCACAUCUUACUCUGCUUGGAAAUACUCCAGUACAUACAUCCACGCCAACGUUUGAACAACCAAAACCAUCAAAUCCCAUUCCUUCUGUCCUUGGAUCCAAAACAAUGACAAGAUCUCAAUCUCAAAAUGCAAAUAUCGAUGAUGUUGUUGCAAGUAUAUCAGCUACAACACCAUCAACACGUGGUAAGCUAAGAGCUCGUCAUAUGAGAACAGCCCGAGAAACUCAUGUUCUCUCUCAUUCUAACUCGGCCAAUUCAAUUAAUGAACAAGAGCCAGUACAAGCGCCACAAGUUCAAGAAGAACAAGAAAAUACAAACAUUGAUGACUUCUUUAACGACGAACCAGCACCAAAACCAAAAACUCAUACAAUUAAAACGACAAAAACUGUCAAAACGCGUCAAAAAGUUACUAAAAAGCAAACUACGGAAAGUAUUGAAACUAAACCUCCACAACCUGAAGUUAAAUUAACAAAUACUGAAAUCGAUGAUUUCUUCAACGAUUCUCCGAAGCCACAACCGCAAAUACAGCCAAAGCAACAACUUGUACAACCAUCUAAGCCACAAGAAACCCAAUCUCAAAAGAAGAAAACCGUAAUUGUCCGACCACAACCGAAACCAGUCCAAGUUGAAGAAGAAGAGGAAGAGGAACAGAAAGAGGAAAGCCUUGCCGAUAAAUUGGAUUUACAUUUAGACGAUGAAGCCAACAAAGAAGAAAUUGAUGAUUUCUUUGACAACGACGAUGAAGGAAACCAAGAAGAACCAAAAGAAAUCAAGCAAUUGCCUCCUCUCCAACCAAUGAACACCACCAUAAACACUCAACCGAAACUCAAAACAUACGAUGACGAUGCUCCAAAUCCAUUCAUUGAAAAGCCACAAAAAGAAGAAAAAAUUGAAGAACAAAAUAAUGAUUAUUCAUCAAUGCCAAAUGUAAAUGAAGGAAAUGAAGAUGACAUCGAUGAUUUCUUUAGUGAUAAUCCAAAACCAAAAGUAGAAACACAGCCUCCACAAAGACAAAAGACACAAUAUGAAUCAUGUAGUUUUGUUCCAUCGAAAGAAACAUAUCAUCCAACACAAAUCGAUAAACCAGAAUUUAUCGAAAAGAUGGAACAAGGCUUUGAUAAAGCGAAAGAGAAAUCUAAACAAGCAUUAGAAUAUCUCAAAGGAAAAAUUAACAAACUAAUGUCAAAAGAUGAAGAACAAACUCAACAACAAACAACUCAGAUUUCUCAACCACCAAGACAAACGAAUUCAACUUAUCAAUCAUAUGGAUCAGCAUCAGCAUUCACGAAACCAUCAACACCUGAUGAAGACAUUGAUGAUUUCUUUGGCGAACCAAAACCAAAACAAAAUACUCAGCUUCUAAAUCCACAGCAAAGCCAGAAUGAUUCACAAAAAGUUUAUAAGAUUCAUAAAAGAGGAACUCCACAACCAGUUUCAAACAACGAAACAAAACAACAAACAAUAACAAGACAACAACAAAAACCAAAGAAAGAAGAAACAUUAGACGACGCUCUUGAGUUCAUUGUUGGUGACACUUCAACGAGUCAGUCGUCAUCAAGUACUGUACAAAAAAAAAGAACAAAAAUUCAUAGAAAAGUAUAA